CUAACCGUUAAAAAGCAAAAGAAAACUCACAUUGUAGUUACUAUGCCAACAUCCGGUUUUACCAUCCAUGACGAUUGCCGUAAGCAGCUUGAGCAGCUUAAAUUUGGACAAGAAAUCAAAUACAUUAUCUUUAAGAUCAAUGAUGACUGUGAUCAGGUGAUCGUUGACCAAACCGGAGGCCCGAAUAAAGAUUAUUAUGAACGAUUCAUAUCAAGCCUGCCAUCUAAAGAGCCCCGCUAUGCAGUACUUGAUCUAGAAUUUCAAGUGCCUGAGGUUGAAGGCGCCCGUAAAAAGAUUAUAUUCUAUGCUUGGAGUCCCGAUGAAAGUGACGUCAAAGCCAAAAUGGUGCAUGCACUGAAUUUACGAGCAUUCCGUCGACUGUUUAUUGGAACAAGUGUCCAUAUCCAGGGCGCAGAUGUGUCAGAUUUUGAUAUCGAGAAAGUGACGAGCAAGGCUUCCAGUGCAGUUGCAGAGGAGUAGCAAUGAUCGUAUUCGAAUUUGAGAACAAGUAAAAAGAGAAAAUGUUGUUUAACCCCAUGAUGUCGAUAACCCCUGUGAUGCUUCAUUAAUUACACUCAUCACAAGUCACAUCACAAUCAGUGCUGCUGCUGCCCGUUCAUAAAAAUACUCAGUAUUUAUACUUUAGAUUGAUUUUGUAAUUUGAUGUUGCCAGGUUCCUUGAGCUGUGCAUUAAGUCCUUUAGCGAUCAACGAAAUAGAAAGACGCC